AUGGGUGAAUACAUCUUAGAUUCAGACGAAAUCCAGGCGUCUACGACGUUUGGAAAGCCCUUCCUCAAAGAAUUUCUCAUUGAUCCCUCCUAUCGCAACCUCAACCACGCAUCAUACGGUGGGAUUCCACGGCAUAUCCGAGACGCUCUCCGAUCCUACCAAGACCAGACAGAGGCGCGUCCUGACCCCUUCAUCCGGUUCACCUACAACGAACACCUCAAAGAAUCCCGCCAAGCCGCUGCGGACCUCCUCAACGCACCCCUCUCAACGGUCGUAUUCGUCCCCAACGCCACGGUCGGCAUCAACACCGUCCUCCGCAACCUCGCCUGGAACCCCGACGCCCGCGAUGAGAUUCUGUACUUCAACACAAUCUACGGCGCCUGCGGCAAGACCAUCGACUACAUCGUCGACACCCGCAACGGCCUCAUCUCCCACCGCGGCAUCACCCUGACGUACCCCCUCGAAGACGAGGAGAUCAUCGCCCAAUUCCGGGCCGCCGUCGCCGCGAGCAAGGCAGCGGGCAAGCGCCCCCGCCUCUGCGUGUUCGACGUCGUCUCCAGCCUCCCGGGCGUUCGCUUCCCCUUCGAAGCCAUGACGGCAGCGUGCCGCGAGCUGGGCGUGACCAGCCUCGUCGACGGCGCCCAGGGAAUCGGCAUGAUCCCGAUCGACCUGACGGCCCUCGACCCGGACUACUUCUUCACAAACUGCCACAAGUGGCUGCACGCCCCGCGCGGGAGCGCCGUCUUCUACGUGCCGGAGCGCAACCAGCACCUUAUGGCCUCGACGGUGCCGACGUCCCACGGCUACGUCCCGCGCUCCGGCGCCCCGCGGUUCAACCCGCUGCCCGCGAGCGCCGAGUCGCACUUCGUCGCCAACUUUGGGUACGUGGGCACCCUCGACAACAGCCCGUAUCUGUGCGUCAAGGAUGCCAUCGAGUGGAGGAAGAGCAUCGGCGGAGAGGACAAGAUUAUCGAGUACACGUGGACGCUGGCCAGGGCCGGGGGCGAAAGGGCCGCUGCUGUUCUCGGCACGUUCAUCAUGGAAAACAAGGCGGGCACGAUGACAAAGUGCAGCUUGGUCAACGUGGCGCUGCCGAUGGUGAUGAGUGAGCAUGCCGAGACCCCUUCGACCGGGCCGGACGGCACGGUUACGGUGCCGGAAGGUCUGGCUUAUCCCAUUGUCGACUGGAUGGUCGAGACUUUGGUGCAGGAGUACCAGACUUUCGUCGCUCUAUUUUGGCACAAUGGACGGUGGUACAUGCGGUUAAGCGCGCAAGUCUACCUCGACGAGGAAGACUUUGAGUGGGCAGGUCACAUAUUGAAAGAGCUAUGCAGGCGUGUCGGGAACCAAGAAUACAGGCCCAAAACCGGAUAG